AUGUGGUCUCUUCUCUCCAUCAUUGCCUAUAUCUGUUUCUUACCCAUUCUUUGCCUCUUUCUGAUCAAAUUCUAUGAAGGUGUUUGUGUCGCCACUGUUCGAGAUACCAAAACAAGAAAAGCCAUUCGACACUCGCUCACCAUUUGGCAAUCUCUCAAAUUACUCCUCUUCAAUCAUGAUCAACCCUUACCAGAGAAAUUGUUUCAAAUUGCCAAAACCUUCCAUUUUGAACCUUUCAUCUUUUACAUGAAAGGUUUCAUUCCCACUGUCGUCUUCUCGGAUAAUCAUGCAGCAAAAACCAUUCUCAUUGAGAAAUGGAAAAGUUUUGAGAAGAAUACUCAACUCUUGAAUCCCAUGCAGAAAUCUUUCAUUGGAAAUGCACUCGUGUUCAUGAAUGGUGAGGAAUGGCAUGCAAAUCGUUCCGUAUUGAAUCCUUCCUUCCAACAUGUAGAAAAGUAUUGGGCCGAUAUGUGUGAAUGUAUUGUGAAAUGUGUCUCCAAUAUUGAAAUGUAUGGGACUCAACUCUCUUAUGAACCUCAAGCUGAAAAAAGUUACAAGAUUAAGAUUAAGGACAUGCUCACACGUCUCGCUCUGGAUGUGAUUGGACUGAGUGCUCUCGAUUGUGAAUUCAAAUACUUGGAACCAGUCGACAUGAAUCGAGUGGAAAAGUAUGAAAAAGUCUUGAAGGCCUUUCGUUAUCUGUUCAAACAUGUGAAUACCUGGGAGAGAAAUAUAGGAAUUUUCGGUACACUCUACUCCAUGCUUCCCAUUGAAGAUAAUGCCAAAUUGGCAGAAGCGAUGAAUACCUUAAAUUCCUUCAUCUAUUCCCUCAUUGAGGAGAAGAGAGAAAAGUUUAUUCCAUCGUCCAAGACAGAUCAGCAACUUGGAACCAGCAAUGUUGCUGCUACAACCACCUCUACGACCAUCACUCUCACAUCUGAGGAAAUUAUGGGAACUCCUCAUCGAGAGAAGAGUGCCAUUGAAACACUUCUCCUCAAAUACUAUGAAUUUGAGAGGACCUCCUCUGAAACUCCUUCCAAGCAACAAGUCAUGAAUCAAAUUUCAUUUCGAAACUUGAGAGAUGAUGUCUUGCUCUUGUACAUUGCAGGACAUGCCACCACUGCAGAGGCUUUGAGUUUUCUCUUGUUCCAUUUGGCUCAAUAUCCUCAUGUACAGGAACGAUUGGUCGAUGAAUUGAAAAAGAGUUUUCUGGGAGAGAAAUUCUCAAAGAAUUCUCAUCUCGCUCAUGAGUCAUGUCAUGUCUUGAUACGAUCUGUGGAUGAUAUUCAUCGCAUGAAUGAGGAAUUGUCUUACUUGGAUGCCGUGGUGAAUGAAAGUUUGAGAGUGGUUUCUCCUUUAGGAAUGUUGAAUCGUUUGAGUUGUGAGAAUCAAGUGGUGGAAGGUUUGAAGAUCCCAAAAGACUACUCAGUUUCACUCUUGAUCAAAGCCAUUCAUUGCAAUCCACAAAUCUGGGGAGAGGAUUGUGAAAAGUUUGAUCCAGAGCGAUGGAUUCGAAUGAAACAACAGCAACACGUCUCGAGUCACGUAUUCUCGACUGUGAAAGGUGCUGGCACUUCACCUUCCACAUCUCCAGUGAAUGUUGAAUUACCUCAAACUUCUGAAAUAUUCAAUAUGGGAGAAGAUAUUCCUCAUCUUCCAAAAUCUUCAAAGGAAGCUGUCACCACAAGUGUUCCUUCCCAAAAAGAAGAUGAUGAGAAGAUCAAGAUGAAGAGAGAAUCUGCCUCUUCAGAAGCUUCCACCAGUGAACAAUUGUUGAAAACUUCAUCUCCUCAUUCCAUGAUUUGUUCCUUUCUUCCAUUUGGUGCUGGAGCGAGAGUGUGUUUGGGACAGAAAUUCUCUCUCCAAGAACAAAAACUCUUCCUGAUUCACUUAUUGAGCAAGUACAAAGUGUCGUUUGUUUCUGAGAGUAUUAUGAAGAAGAAGAAGGAAGUUUCAUUUGAGGCACAAGCAUCUGCCAGUCAGAGCACGACUCCAGCUCAACCCAUGACCAAGAUGAACCUAUUGGGAACUGCUCCAAUCUUUAGUUUGAGCGACGAUACGAAACUGCUCUUCACAGAGAGACAUAUUGAGAUGCCUUUGGAAUAUCACUUGUAUGAGGAAGACUUUGAUAAGAAACAUAUUACGGAGGGAAUGAGUGUCGGUGACACUGGAGUUGGGUUGAAUGCCGAUGAAGAAAUUCCAAGCACGAGUCGAGAGCAUCAUCCUUUGGAUAUCAUUCAUCAGGUCGAUACUUAUUAA